ACGUUUUGUUGUGUUUGUCUCCAGAAGAAGGAGUGAAGGGAAGCCCCGCCCCUCGAAUGCGAAGUGGUCACGUGAAAUACAAAUAGACCAAUAGGAACGCGCGUGUUGGUGGAAGUCGCGGAUUUUGAAACGGUUGCUCAACAAAACAUUCGAUCAAUCUCACCGUCAAAUUUGCCUGCUUUCUCCGUCUCGCUUGUGCAGAGAUGGAUGAAGAAGAGAGCACAGAGCGACAGAUGCAGAUCGCCAUGCUUUGUCAACGGCUGGCCAAGAUGAAGAAGUUAUACAAUGACGAUGACACGGAUUACAUCAACCAGGCCAUCAGCUCAAACUCACCCGACACCUGCCGGACGCUUCUGACCAAUCUGGAGAGGAAAGGCAAUCCUCAGACGGAUCCCAGCCUGCUCACUAAACUCAUCGACUGCUACACGCGAGUCUUUUCCAGCAUGCCGCUGGGCAAGUACAGUCAGGUCGAGAGCUACGCCAAGAUGCUGGUCAGAUUUGCAGAGUUAAAAGCCAUCCAAGAUGUAAAUGAUGCGCAGGCUAGUUUUGACAUAGCGAGAUCCCACUGUAAGGAUUUUGCCUUUGUUCACAUUGCUUAUGCUCAGUUUGAGCUUUUGCAAGGCAACAUUAAGAAAUGCACUUUGAUUCUUCAGAAGGCUUUUGAAAUGAAUGCUAAGCCCAGGCACGUUCUGGAGGCUGCCGUGAGGAAUCUAAACACAGGCAAACGCCAGCUCCUCUCGCAUGAAGAUAAGGAGAACUUCACAGUGUCUGCACAUGACGAUGCACACGAGUCUGUGAGAAGCAGCUCCAGAAGAUCCGAUGGAACGUGUGACCUGCAGAGCAGCAGCACUUUUCACCACGGGAGUGAUCAGAAGUUCAGUCCACUAGAGAACAUGAACAUGCCUGUGUGGAGAACAGGGUCACAUCAAAGAAGAACAGCCAUGGCAGAAAGAGUUCCCAUGGUGCCUCUCUCUAUCCCUGAAAACGAGAGCAGUGACUGUGACGGUGUUCAGAAACCAGAAGCUCCAUCUGCACACGGCUUUGGUUUCUCCAGGCAAACGAGUGGUUCAAAUGUCCGCUCCACUUUCCCCAUGUGUUCCUCAAAGAAAGGCACUCCAGAUGGGGACUCCUACAGUUUAUUAAACCUGAAGCCUCCUCUGAUUAGUCCAGAUCAUCUGAGGAGAGACAUUGAAGAGGGCGACACCAUCACAGCACUCCUACAAAGAGCAGAAAGAAAAGAAACUGCUCGAAUGGAAGAAACCACUGACAUAAACCAGCUCAUCAGCACAAACUCUCCUGAAAGUUGUCAGAUCUUCCUGAAAAACCUGGAGAAGAGAGGAGACCCUCGUUCAGACUCUGCGUUUCUCUCCAAACUGCUGGAAUGCUACUCUAAAGUGUUCGCCAGGUUUCCUUUGGCAAAGCAUUGCAAAACUGAAAGCUAUGCUCGAAUGCUGGUGCGAUAUGCAGAGCUGAAAGGGAUUGAAGAUCCAGAAGACGCUCAAGAUCACUUCAGUAUUGCCAGAUCGCACAGUAAAGCUUUUGCUUUUGUGCACGUCGCACAUGCUCAGUUUGAGCUCUCACAAGGCAACUCUAGGAAGAGUAAUUUGAUUCUUCAGAAAGCGCUGAGCUCAAACGCACGGCCGGUUGAACUGCUGCAGACCGCCAUCAGAAAUCUGAACUCUGGUAAAACUCAUCUGCUUCCUGCGGAGCAUGAAGAGAACGCUGCAGAAAAUUUGGAAGCACUAAGUAACAGAGGGGAAGAAGAAAAUCCAGCGAAGGCUCCUGAGGAGCAGCAAAAGCCUCUUGCUAAGGAAACUUCAUCAGAAUGGAAGAUCCCUACUCUCAUCAACAAACAUGCGUCUCCGGAGGAUCGUAAAGCUCCUGCAGUCCCCGUGUCCACUUCAUCCUCACUUCAUGCUAUGAGAACACCUGCGCCUCCCAGAUUACACCCCUCUCUCAGCUGUCAGACUCCCAACUACAAAGACCCGAAUGCAAACAGUUUUGUCACCCCUGUGGUGAAGCAGCGGCCGGUGGUUGUGUCUGUUCCAACGACGGCUCAGACAAUGGGUCACACUCAGUUGCCCUGCACUCCUCAGAGCCGGGUGUCCUGCGUCCCGCAGCCGUCACAGACCCCUGCCUCAGCUUUCUCAAACGAAUCCAUCACCAUCAAGGGGAAACAGUUCUUCAUUUUCAAGAUGAUCGGCCGAGGCGGAUCCAGUAAGGUCUAUCAGGUGUUUGACCAUAAGAAGCACGUGUAUGCUUUGAAAUACGUGAAUCUUGAGGAGGCCGAUGCUCAGGCCGUGGAAGGCUACAAGAAUGAGAUCGAGCACUUGAAUCAUCUUCAACAGUACAGCGAUCAGAUCAUUAAACUCUAUGACUAUGAGAUCACCAGCAGCUGCAUCUACAUGCUGAUGGAGUGUGGUCACCUGGAUCUCAACACCUGGCUGCGCAACCGCAAGUCCGUCAACCCUCUGGACAGGAAGUGCUACUGGAGGAACAUGCUGGAGGCUGUGCACACCAUCCACAAACACGGCAUCAUCCACAGUGAUUUAAAGCCAGCUAAUUUUGUGAUUGUGGAUGCUUCUAAACUGAUAGACUUUGGAAUCGCUAACCGUAUUCAGCCUGACGUGACCAGCAUCAUGAAGGACUCGCAGGUGGGGACUCUAAACUACAUGCCACCAGAGGCCAUUAAAGACACAUCCUCCAAUGGGAAACCAGGGUCAAAGAUCAGUGCUAAAGGCGACGUGUGGUCUCUGGGAUGUAUCCUGUACUGCAUGACUUAUGGAAAGACUCCGUUCCAGAACAUCACCAAUCAGAUCAGCAAAAUCCAUGCCAUCAUAGACCCGUCCCACGAGAUCGACUUCCCCGAUAUUCCAGAGAAGGACCUGCUUGAUGUGCUGAAGAGGUGUUUAGUUCGCAAUCCUAGAGAGAGGAUUUCUAUAGCAGAGCUCCUCGAUCAUCCGUACCUGCAGCUGCAACCUGCACCUGAGCCAGCAGAACCGUGUGCCAGUGAUUUGAAGAGGAUCCUCAAUGAACUGGCGGCUCUUCAGUCUCCCAACAGCAUCGCCAGAGCUGCUAGUAACCUGGCCAAGAUGUGCAACAGCGGGAGGAAGUUAGAUGUUUCUGAAUGUGUGAAAACAUCCAGUCAGACGCAGUGGAAAUGACGAGGAUGGAGAUGAAGCCUGCGGGACUCAAAACCACUCAGGAGCCUCACUUUAAACAAGCUUCCACUAGCUGCAAUCGUGCUUAAUUUCUUCUAGAUGCUUUCAAUAAAUACGUGUUUGUCCAUUUCUUUCUGUUUCUGAUUUUAUUUGACUACAUGAUGCAAUCUCAGAAAGUGUACAUGACAAAUAAACAUACCUUGUUAGGGAUAUUCCAAAUGUGGUAUUCUUUUCUAACAUAUAAUGCUGUUUUCUUGGAAGUAACUCUAAUUUUGCAGUAUGAUAAAUGUUUUCACAGCUUUCUCAUUAUUCAGUGCAU